GGUUUAUGGAUUUUGGUACUUUUUUCCUUAAAACCCAAAAUUCCAAAACCCUAAUAAUCAACCAAUAACUUCAUCUGCUGUACAGCAACUGUGUCCAGGAAGGGAUGGAUGGUGUGGCGUCUACAUGGGACUUCAACUGCAACUUGGAAGUAGAUCUUGGGUCUGAAGAAAAUGCUCAUAUUGUCUAUACUGCAUUGGCUGUUGAUAAGGAGUUGCAGCCAGAUAAAGUGAAGAGGCACAUGUCUGUAUCUAAUGGGAAGCUUUCAGUGAAUUUUGAGGCUGUUGAAGCAAGAUUUCUUCGUGCAUCAUUUAGUGCAUUUGUAGAUGUACUCACACUCACAACAAAAACCAUUGAAGAAUUUGGUCCAAAGAAGGAUUAGAGACCUGUAUUGAAUAUUGUUGGCCAUUGUUCAUUUAUUGAUGUGCCAUAUACAUAAAGCCCUUUCCUGUUGUAAUUGACUCUCUGGUAUUUAUUGCCAGCUGAUAAUUUAACUUCAGAUUAUAUCAUCUUUAUAAUUGAUAUCA